GGGACUUUUACCGUCGCACCGCUGCAAGUCCCAGAUUCUCCCGAAGCUCAGUUGCGUUGCGAGGUCGGCGGAUGAUCGAACAGAGCUCGACGGCGGCGGCGAUCGGUGGAUGGAGUCCGCCUUCUUCUUCUUCUCCUCCUCCUCCUCCUCGCCCGGCGGAUUCCCGGAGAAUGAAUGCUCGUCUGUCACCAUGUCCCGUCACACCGCGGAAAUGUCGAGGAUUUUAGGCAGGGGGGACUGCGCCGGCGCAUCCUUCGUGCGGAGCUCGGGGGGAGGUGAAGGAUGAGACUGGGUGGGUGAGGUGGGCGGGAAGCAGGGGCGAGGAGAUCGAGCGCGCGAUGGAUCAAGGGCCCGACGAGGACGAGAAGAAGGAUUUCCACCAGCACUCGGGGCCCAGCUUGCGCGACGAGGAGAAUAAGAAGGAUUUCCUGCAGCACGUGAAGCCCAGCGGGUGGAAUGCGGCAUGGGAGCAAGCGCAGGAUGCGGUGGCGCCGUCGAAGGAGAUCAAGCGCGCGGCCAACACUCUGGUGUGGUGCGAGCAGGCGCAGCAGAGCAUGGGGUGGCUGCUGCUAACGCAGAUCGGAGUGCUGCUCGGCUCGUUCGGGCAGCUCAUGUCGCGGGGCGUGUGCCUCCUGAGCUGGGGGAUCUUCACCCUCGAGGCCAUCCUCAAGUACGGGCGCAGCUGGGCGCACUCCCUCUACUUCCGCGAUGUCCCUUGCGCCAUCGUCGCGCUCCACGACAAUAAGGACGACCACGACACCGCUUCCGCCUCCCUCGUGGUGUUCGGCUAUUUCGUGCUAAUGGCCACUCUCCUCGAAGUGUCGCUCUACGCGCCUUACGUCUACGCCACCCUCGGCUUCUGGCGCGCAAAUCGCCAUUGCGACGACGAAGGCGCGGGAUGUCCCGAUGGCACGACCCGUCUGAUCGACAUGCUCAUGAUCACCAUGGCCAUCGCGUGCCUGCACUGGGCCUCGAGCCUGGGCACCGUGCUGGCCUUCGGGGCCGCCAUGGGGAUGGGCAUCAGCGCCCGAGCCCAGCGGAGCAGCUUGCCCCGAUGUCUCUCUCGAUUUGUCAGGAAACGGGACGAGAGAGAUCGGCUCAUGUGCCUGACCUGGUGGGUUCACAUGGCCCGGCAUCGGCAUCUGUCGGCCGUGGUGGCCAGCGCGCAGCCCUCCGACUGCGGCCUGCCGGGCCACUGGUUCAAGAGCAAGAAGGAGCUCUUCAGAAUCGUCGAGGAAUGUGACAAAGGCGACCACGUCCAUCUCGACACGUCGCGCCUGCUGUGGGUGUCGCAGGAGAUGGCGCUGCGGGCUCUGAUCAGCCUGGCCAAGCAGAAGGAGCUCGACAAGGACGACGAUUUUGCGCUCCUGGUGCGCGUCGUGCGCGACGGGAGAACCGAGUCCUGCCGCGGCCUGGCGGCGACCGCCAUCGCCGUGCUGGCGACGCAGCCCGAUGUGCUGCCGCUGAACAGUCUGAUUGAGGCCGUGGUGCCGCUGAAGCGCCUCGCCCGGUCCGAGGCCGUCGAGCACGUCGAGGUCGCCCUCGGGGCCCUGCUCAAUGCCUCGCUCAACGAGCGAUCCCACGAGUUCGUCAUCGCCCCCAUUCUCGAGAGCAACGAGUUCGGCAGCAGCUUCAUGUCGUGCCUCAUUCGGCACGCCCACAUCGGCCACACCACGCGCUGUCAAGAGCUCGCCGUCGGCUUAUUGAGCCGCCUGGUCGGGUCCAGGAAAGGGAAGCGCGCCCGGACGGCGCUCAUGUCGUACAAGGGCGAGCAGGGAGGAGUCCGAGGCGUGCAGCUCUGCACCGACUUGAUCAAGCACGGCGCGACGUCUCCGAUCAAAGCCGGCGGGGCGGCAGUGCUCGCCGAGAUCGCCUACUGGGAAGACUGGCAAGUCAAGGGGACCGACCCUCACAUCGAGGAGUGCAUUCAGGCGCUGGUCAAGGCGCUCGAGGCGGGGCAGACCAUCGCCUUCUCGGCCGCCAAGGCCUUGUGCAGCCUGGCUUACAAAAACCAGGCCGUCAAAGUCACGAUCGUCAGGGCCGGAGGCAUCAGUAAUCUGGUGGAUCUGCUUAAAGGCCCCCUUCCCAACUUCGGCCUCCAAGACAUAAACGGCCAGAUCCCCCGAGAGGAAGACAGUAGAUCGAUCGUCACUUCUGUAAAACCUCACCUUGAAGAUGACGUUCGAAGCGAUGCGGCCAGGGCUUUGCGAAUCCUGGCUCUCAACAAUCCCCAGCACCAAAAGCUGAUCGCAGAAGCGAAAGCGAUUCCUCUGCUGAUAGAUCUGAUGGCCAGUAAAAGUCCCAAGGUGCAGGUCCAAGCGAUGGCUGCUCUGUCGGGUCUGUCCUUCCGAAGCACGACCAUUAAGGAUAUGAUCGGCGAGUGGGACGACGGCAAGUUCUUCUCGAGACUCAUGGAUGUUCUCAAAUCCAGUGAAGGCCAUGAUCCCAUGGCCGAGGCUAUUCUGGAGAAAGUCGCUCAUGUCACCCAUUCUCUCAUCGAGGGGAAUGAGUCGAAUCGGCAGAAGGCUGUGAAGCAGGGCAUGAGGGAGAAACUUCAAGAUUGCAUCGACAAUAAGAAAAGUAAUUAUAAGGACAAUGGGAAAGGCGUCCACAGCGCCGAAAGGGCUUUAAAGAUCCUACAGGAAAAACUGACAUGAUCAGGUCCAGCCUUUCUUCAUGAUCCAAACAUGCCCCGUCCUGAAUCCGAGCUGCAAUGGCAGGGCAGUAACGGCAGUCAUAGCGCGAUUCAGUUGUGUCUGUAUGGGUUUGGUGAGAGAAAGAACAAUAGGUAGCCGGAAAAUCCGACAUUAUGAGAUGAACUCGGGCAGUGCCUCCGAAGUAAGAAAUACUCCAAUCGACUAAGAAGCCAAUGACGGAUAUUGGUUCUCCGCGGAUUUGGUUUCGGGUGAUGAGAAUUUGUCUGUAAACGGUAUACAGAAGUGAGAAAAAGUUCACUUAUGUAGGUGACUAAGCGAUGAAAUAAAUCAAACCCAAUUCUCUCACAAUUGAAAGUCGCGAAGGUUUUGAGAAAAUUAGACUACGAAUAACCUGAAGGUGGACGGUUGGUAUGUCUUCUCUGACGAGAAAAUAUUUGCAGAGAUUGGAUUGCCAAAGCUGUUGUCAUGAUACAUCUUCGCACGUUCAACCUUCAACAUCUUCUCCGUACUUCCACCUUUCUCCGGCACCCUAAACUUUGUUUGUACACUGUCUGACCAAAGCGUAGAACAUUAUCUGGCAUACUGAACCUUGAGACACUUAUAAACAAAGGCCGCGUUUAGUUAUUCCUAAUUUCCCUCACACAGCUAGAACCAGUCGAUGCAAUAGCAACUAUGGGAUGUCCGACCAAUCAAGUCUAAUUGACCCUAAGUGAGGAUAACUAGCCUCUCCGUGAACCAAAGUUUGUAAUGUACAAAUUGCACAUAGAGAGUUAA